AUACAUAACUUGCAAUUAACGCCCUAUUAAGUAAACUUAAUAGUGGAACUUGUACUUCUACCCGCUCUCAAUUGGAUCCAGUCGAGCAGCCUCUUAGAGCCGAUUCGUUCGCGAACGACACAUCGCUAUCACGGUCAUGUGAUGUCCUUCGAUACCGGAAUUGCAUGGCUGACAGAAAUCUUUGUUCUUCACUUACAACUACGACCACGAUGUGAUGUUCAUGAAUGUUUUGGGGGUACAUAAAGUUGCUUCGUGUUGUUGUGAGCAGUGAAUAGGACGUCGAUGAAAUGGGAGGAAAUGCUAGAUUAGCCGUUUUGGUAUUUAUCGCCGCUUUCGCCACUCAGACAAACUGUCAAAAGGCUAUCCUGCAUGUUUUUAAUGGAAGUACAGCCCAGGAUUUCUGCAUUGUUUACAACCACUCAUGGACCCGCCUGCCACAAAGUCUGGAUGAUGCUGAGGUGUAUUCGCUCGUGAAUCUGACAUCCACCCUUCUGUGCGACCAGUCAGGGGUCAGGCCAGAGGAGGUCAAAGACAAAGCAUUGGUGGUGAUGAGGGGGGACUGUCCUUUCAGUCAAAAGGCUCAGGUUGCUCAGUCCCUCGGUGCGAGCGUGUUACUCAUUGCCAGCCUCCAAACACUGGUCACACCGUCGGCGGAUAACUAUUCUGGGGUUCACAUUCCUAUUGCUCUCAUGAGGUACAGGGACUUCGUGGAAGCACAGCAGGUUUUCGACGAGGGGAUGCGGGUGAGGCUUUACGCUCCACUGCUCUCCAAGAUUGAUCCAAGCCUCUUCGUCAUGCUGCUGAUUUCGAUCGUUGCUGUCUCCUUGGCCGGAUACUGGAACAGAGCGUGUGAGAGGGAUGCUCUCAGAUCAAGUGGAGGAAGUGGAAGUGGAAGUGAAGUAAACAAAGCAGACAGUGGAGAACUUUCUCUCUCGUCUCCUCUCAAAGUUGGCAUCUAUGUCGCCCUGAUGUGUGUAAUGCUCAUCCUCAUGUUUUACUUCUACAAAUAUCUAGUUUAUAUCCUCAUUGCCAUGUUCUGCUGUGCAUCCGCUGCCGCGCUCUUCAGAUGUUUGAAUGCGGUGCUGGAAAAAUUGAGCUGCCCCGCUGGGAGCUUCACUAUACGAAAUACAGAUCUGUCAGUGAGGUGUCUCAUUUUGGCCGCUGUGUGCAUAAGUGUCUCGGUGGUGUGGGGCGUCUACAGGAAUGAAGAAAGGUGGGUCUGGAUCUUGCAGGAUAUCCUGGGCUUUGCUUUCUGCAUCAACUUCAUUAAGACCAUCUCACUGUCCAACUUCAAGAUUUGUGUGAUUCUCCUGAGCCUCCUUCUCGUAUACGACGUCUUCUUUGUUUUCAUCACUCCAUUCUUUACCAAGAGUGGUGUUAGCAUUAUGGAGCAGGUGGCUUUGGGUCCGGAAGCGUCAGGAGAAAAGGCUCUGUCACAGACAAAAGCUAACAUGGUGGCGAUUCCGGCUGAUCCCCAACCUCCCACUGAGGAACUUCCCGUCGUGAUGCGUAUCCCAAGGUUCUCUGCUUGGGCUCUGAACCUCUGUGAGAUGCAGUUCGUCAUUCUGGGUUAUGGAGAUAUAAUUGUGCCAGGUCUCUUGGUGGCUUAUUGCAGCAAAUUUGACGUGUGGAUAAAUAGCAAGAUCUACUUCUUCAGCUCCUGCCUCGCCUAUCUGCUGGGAAUGAUAACAACAUUCGCUGUGAUGGUGCUGUCCAACACGGGCCAGCCUGCUCUGCUCUACCUGGUGCCUUUCACCAUCAUAAUGUCGGCCGCGGUGGCUGGCUACAGAGGCGAAAUGAAGCAUUUCUGGACUGGAACUUCCUAUGAGGUGUUGGACUCCUCAAGGGAACCUUUGUUGACAGGUGCAUGAAAUGCAAGAGCUGACUGAAGCAAUUUUUUUUUUACAUUUUGCAAUAAAACUCUACGACCAAGGGACGAUUACCAAUCAAUAUAUAUCAAUAUGUGGUGUCAGUGGAAUAUGAAUAUUUUUGUAGUGCUGGAAAGGCUUUUAAAGUGCCUGCCUUUAGUUAAGAAAACUCAUAGUCAUAUUAUUGCCUUGACACCCUGCCAUGGCAAUGACUGAAUACUUCAUAGAAAGCACUUUACUAUAUUUAGCCUGACACUUGCUUAUUCAGAUGGUGGUGGGCUGAGGGCCUUAGCAGAAAAUGAUUACAGCUAUAUAAUGGUAAGUUUUUGAUAACUUUGGAAAUCAAUGUUUGAUGUUUUUACAUGUUUUGUUGCCUUAUAUUAAACAAUGUUGUUCUAGUG